AUGGCGUUCCACAGCACGAGAUGGAGCUUUCUAACUUUUUCUUGCUGCAUCAUUGUUCCCCUAAUGGCUUCCAGGCCACAGCAGCCUUCAGCAGCAUCCAAAGUACAUGAGGAAUACAGUACGUUCAGAGCAGAAAACCCUGAAUGGACAUUUAACCACCUGGCAGUGGAUCACAGAAAUGGGAAUUUGUACCUUGGGGCAGUAAACCGCAUCUACAAACUGUUGCCUGGGCUGGAUGUACAGGUGUCGCAUCAGACCGGCCCGGAUGAGGAUAACCGGAACUGCUACCCACCCCGUAUAGUGCAGCCUUGUAGCGAACCACUCGCAUUGACCAAUAAUGUCAAUAAGAUGCUGCUCAUGGACUAUCGAGAGAACCGGCUGCUGGCCUGCGGCAGCCUCUACCAGGGUAUUUGCAAGCUACUUCGUCUGGAUGAUCUCUUUAAGCUUGGAGAGCCCUUCCAUAAAAAAGAGCACUACCUCUCUGGCGUUAACGAGAGUGGCUCCGUCUUUGGGGUCAUUGUGUCCUAUGGCGACGCCUCGCCUGAUAAGCUGUUCGUGGCCACAGCUGUUGAUGGAAGACCGGAGUACUUCCCAACAAUUUCCAGUCGUAAGCUCACCCGUAACUCUGAGGAGGAUGGUAUGUUCGCCUACGUCUUCCAUGAUGAAUUUGUAGCCUCCAUGAUUAAGAUUCCAUCGGAUACUUUCACAGUGGUGCCGGACUUCGACAUCUAUUACAUUUAUGGGUUUAGCAGUGGAAAUUUUGUGUAUUUUCUCACAUUGCAGCCUGAAAUGGGUGGAGGCCCGACGACCGGGUCAUCCUCAGCCGGCCGUGAACAAGUGUACACCUCCAAACUGGUGCGACUCUGCAAGGACGACACUGCAUUUAACUCGUAUGUUGAGGUUCCUCUUGGUUGUGUAAAGGGUGGAGUUGAGUAUCGCCUACUGCAGGCUGCCUACCUGUCCAAAGCAGGUACUAUCCUGGCACGUUCACUGGGCAUAGGACCUGAUGCUGACAUCCUAUAUACAGUGUUCUCAAAAGGACAAAAGAGGAGGCCAAAGGAGUCAUCUCAAGAGUCUGCACUCUGUGUGUUUACCUUGAAAGAGAUCAAUGAAAGAAUCAAGGACAGGUUGCAAUCAUGCUAUAAAGGAGAGGGAACACUUGAUCUCGCUUGGCUCAAAGUGAAGGACAUCUCUUGCAGUAGUGCGCUUCUCACCAUUGAUGACAACUUCUGUGGACUGGAUAUGAAUGCCCCUCUCGGUGUCUCUGAGAUGGUACGCGGGAUUCCUCUGUUCUCUGAGUCCAAUGACAAAAUUACAUCUGUUAUCGCCUAUGUGUACAAGAAUCACUCUCUGGCUUUUAUUGGGACCAAAGGUGGCCGUCUGAAAAAGAUUCGGGUUGAUGGUCCUUCUCACAGCGCUUUACAAUACGAAACCAUUCAAGUCGUUGACAACGGACCAAUACUGCGAGACAUGGCCUUUUCUGCCGAUCAGCAUUUCCUGUAUGUGAUGUCGGAAUUACAGCUAACCCGUGUCCCAGUGGAAGCAUGUGAGCAGUAUUCAUCCUGUAAUGAGUGUCUGGGAUCUGGAGAUCCUCACUGUGGCUGGUGUGUGCUACACAGCAUGUGCACCAGGAAGGAGAUGUGUGAGCGGUCAUCCGAGACUCGACGUUUCGCCUCUGAUAUAAAGCAGUGUGUGAGACUCAGCGUUCACCCCAACAACAUCUCUGUGUCCCAAUUCAGUGUCAUGCUUGUUUUGGAGGCCCAUAAUGUGCCAGAACUUUCUGCAGGGGUCAACUGCACCUUUGAAGACCUAGCAGAGAUGGACGGUCUGGUUGAGGGAAAUCGCAUCACCUGCAGCUCUCCUGCUGAGAAGGAUGUCCCACACAUUGUCGUAGACCAAGGUGACCAUCAGAUUGUGCAGCUCUACCUCAAGUCAAAGGAGACAGGACUAGCCUUCGCCAACACUAGCUUUGUCUUCUACAACUGCAGCGUCCACAAGUCGUGCCUGUCCUGUGUUGGAAGUCCUUACCAGUGCCACUGGUGCAAAUACCGUCACACCUGCACCCAUGACCCCAGCAGCUGCUCCUUUCAAGAGGGCCGUGUCAAACAGCCAGAGGAAUGUCCUCAGCUACUACCAGUUGAUCGUAUCCUGGUGCCGGUAAAUGUGGUGAAACCAAUCACCCUACGGGCCAAGAACUUGCCCCAACCACAGUCAGGUCAGCGUGGGUACGAGUGUGUGCUCACCAUCCAGGGCGUGGAGCAGAGAGUUCCUGCUCUCCGCUUUAACAGCUCCAGUGUUCAGUGCCAGAAUACAUCAUACUCAUAUGAUGGGAUGGAGAUGAGUAGCCUCCCUGUAGAUCUGAUGGUCAUCUGGAACGGAGACUUCAGCAUUGACAACCCAGCCCAAAACAAAGUGCACCUGUACAAGUGUGAUGCACGGCGGGAAAGCUGUGGACUGUGUCUGAAGGCAGACCCUCUUUUUGGCUGUGUGUGGUGUAAGGGAGAAAACCGUUGCUCACUGAAACAGCACUGCCCUCACCCACAGAGCAUGUGGCUCGAGUACAAUGGCAUCAAUAGCAAGUGCACACACCCCAGAAUCACUAAGAUCACUCCACUCAAAGGGCCUCGUGAAGGAGGAACACUGGUGACUAUCCGUGGCGAGAACCUUGGGCUAGAGUUCAAUGAGAUUAAGGACAAUGUGAAGGUUGCAGAAGUGGAGUGCACACCAGUACCCGAGGGAUACAUUCCAGCAGAACAAAUUGUUUGUGAAAUGGGAAAAGCUGAAAAGAGCCAGUUUGCUGGAAACGUCCAAGUGUGCGUUGGAGAGUGCCGUCCCGAGUUCUUGGCCAAGUCAUCUAAGUAUUACUACUUUGUGGUCCCCAGAUUGUUGAGUCUAAAACCCAGUCGAGGGCCAGUAUCUGGAGGUACCAUCGUAAACAUUACUGGCAGUCACCUGGAUGCUGGCAGCGAUGUGUCCAUCAUAUUCAAAGACCAGAAGUGUAGCUAUCAAAGGAGAGGCGGACAGUGGAUCACAUGCCGUUCUCACGCCUCCAUGCAAGGCUAUGGGAAUGUGUCCGUAUCUGUGUUUGUGGAUAAAGCCCACAUUCACAAAGAUCUCAAGUUUGAGUAUGUGGAGGACCCCACUAUCACCAAACUGGAACCUGAGUGGAGCAUUUUCAGUGGCAACACACCACUGACUGUGACUGGGACCAACCUGGACAUCAUCCAGAACCCUCUGAUCCGAGCCAAAUAUAAGAACUUAGAGACGGUCAAUACGUGUCAGGUGUUGAGUCCCACCACAAUGCAGUGUAUGGCCCCAGAGCUUCCCUACAGUCUGAGCAGACAGAUGGAAGUUCCGGAGAGACCAGAUGAAUUCGGAUUCAUCCUGGACAAUGUUCAGUCUGUGCUAGCCCUCAACAACACCAACUUCAUCUACUACCCAAACCCAGUGUUUGAACCACUCAGUGUGUCUGGAGUCCAGGAGCUCAAACCAGGAUCUCCUAUUAUACUCAAGGGAAGAAACUUCCUCCCUCCAGCCGCAGGUGGUAAUGGGAAGCUCAACUAUACUGUUCUGAUUGGAGAUAAACCUUGCACGUUAACUGUAUCCGACACUCAGCUGCUCUGCGAAUCGCCCAUUUUGACUGGACGCCACAAGGUCUUGGCCCGCGUGGGUGGUAUUGAGUUUUCUCCAGGUGUGGUACACAUCACAUCUGACAGCCCACUCAGCAGCACAGCCGUCAUUAGCAUUGCCGGGGCUGGAGGCCUCCUCAUCUUCUUCAUUGUCAUCGUCCUCAUUGCCUACAAGCGCAAAUCCCGUGAGAGCGAUCUCACUCUUAAACGCCUGCAGAUGCAGAUGGACAAUCUUGAGUCCAGAGUAGCCCUGGAGUGUAAAGAGGCAUUCGCUGAGCUGCAGACAGACAUUCACGAGUUGACUAGUGAUCUAGACGGAGCAGGCAUUCCCUUCCUGGACUAUCGUGCAUAUACCAUGCGAGUUCUUUUCCCUGGCAUUGAGGAGCAUCCUGUGCUUAGAGACCUUGAGGUGCCAGGUUACAGACAGGAACAGGUGGAGAAGGGUCUUAAACUGUUUGGACAGCUAAUCAACAACAAAGUUUUCCUGUUGUCCUUCAUCCGAACCCUUGAGUCUCAGAGAGGAUUUUCCAUGAGAGAUCGCGGCAACGUUGCCUCCCUGAUCAUGACUGUUUUGCAGAGUAAACUGGAGUAUGCGACAGACGUCCUGAAACACCUGCUGUCUGACCUCAUCGACAAGAACCUGGAAAGCAAGAACCAUCCCAAACUAUUACUAAGAAGAACGGAGUCUGUUGCUGAGAAAAUGCUCACAAAUUGGUUCACUUUUCUGCUGUACAAAUUCCUCAAGGAGUGUGCCGGGGAGCCCCUGUUCUCGCUUUUCUGUGCCAUAAAGCAACAGAUGGAAAAAGGCCCCAUCGACUCGAUCACCGGAGAAGCCCGCUACUCACUGAGCGAAGACAAGCUCAUCAGACAGCAAAUUGAUUACAAGACCCUGGUGGUGAACUGCAUGCAUCCAGACAAUGAGAAAAGCCCAGAGGUACAGGUGAAGGUACUAAACUGUGACACUAUCAGCCAGGUGAAAGAGAAGAUCCUGGAUGCCAUCUACAAGAACGUACCCCACUCUCACCGACAAAAAGCCUCUGACAUGGACCUGGAGUGGCGUCAAGGGAGAGUGGUACGAGUCAUCCUGCAGGACGAGGAUGUCACAACAAAGAUUGAGUGUGACUGGAAAAGACUCAACAUACUGUCUCACUACCAGGUGCCUGAUAAUGCUGUGGUAGCUCUUGUACCAAAGCAGGUGACUGCAUACAACUCUGUGAACAAUUCCACUGUCUCCAGAACCUCUGCAAGCAAAUAUGAAAACAUGAUCAAAUACACGGGCAGCCCAGACAGUCUACGAUCUCGCACCCCAAUGAUCACACCUGACCUGGAGAGCGGAGUUAAGGUGUGGCAUUUGGUAAAGAACCAUGAGCAUGGAGACCAGAAAGAGGGAGAUCGUGGCAGUAAGAUGGUUUCUGAGAUCUACCUGACCAGGCUGUUAGCCACCAAGGGCACUCUACAGAAGUUUGUGGAUGACCUGUUCGAGACCAUCUUCAGCACAGCACACAGAGGGAGUGCCCUCCCUCUCGCUAUCAAGUACAUGUUUGACUUCCUGGAUGAACAAGCAGACAAGCACAACAUUCAUGACCCGCACGUCAGACACACUUGGAAGAGCAACUGUCUACCUCUACGGUUCUGGGUGAAUGUUAUCAAGAACCCACAGUUUGUGUUUGACAUCCAUAAGAGCAGCAUCACGGAUGCCUGUCUGUCAGUUGUGGCACAAACCUUCAUGGAUUCAUGCUCAACGUCAGAACACCGCCUGGGCAAAGACUCCCCCUCAAACAAGCUGCUGUACGCCAAGGACAUUCCCAGUUACAAGAGCUGGGUUGAGAGAUAUUACUCAGACAUUAGUAAGAUGCCUGCGAUCAGUGAUCAGGAUAUGAAUGCAUACCUGGCAGAGCAGUCCCGCAUGCACAUAAACGAGUUCAACACUAUGAGCUCCCUUAGCGAGAUCUACUCUUAUGUGGGCAAAUAUACAGAGGAGAUUGUGUCUGCGCUGGAGCAGGAUGAUGGUGCCAGGAAACAGAGACUGGCAUAUAAGCUGGAGCAGGUGGUCGCCUUCAUGAGCCUGGAGAGCUGAGGACCACAUUUCCCAGAGUGCACUGGGAGAUCCAUCAGAAACCAAGCCGUGCCUGAGUGAAGACCUGUCCAUCUAUCUCAUCUCUUCUGUUUGCAAUCUUCCCACAAAAACAAGCGUUUGCAUCAUAUUAGCUCUGCUUCCUAGAAGAGUAGAGAUAGGAACUUGAGGGUGGGUGGAGGAGCCAAGAACUACAUUACCCAUGAUGCAGUAGUGUGGGUUGCCAUCCAGCUCUGCCAUGUAGAGGAAGGUUGGCUCCCUAUGAGUUCUGCUUCACUGCAUCCUCUAUCCUUCUCUCUGACUGGAAAAAAAAUAAAUAAAAAUUAACAUUUCUGUUGCCUUCAAAGUUUAGCUAAUAAGCAGAAACCACUAUGUUUGGUGUCAAUUUGUUCUGACUUUUAUGACUAGGGUAGUGUAUGGCACUAAUAUAGAGUCCAGUUCAUUGUAGUACCUUUAUUAAACAUCGAAACACAAGUCAAAAAAAUGGUACUGCAUGCAUCUGAAGAAUGCAGACCAUUUGGGCCAUUUCAAAAGACACCUUGAGAAUGUGGCAUUUACAUGAUGUGCAAGAUGAUUUUUACAUUAUAGCUGAGCGCUUUGAUAAGAGAACAAUCAAGCCUGGACAACCUGCCUGCUAAUUCUCACUUUGAAGAGGGUGGGGUGCAUUUAAAUCCCUUGAGACGCAAGGAGUUAGUGUUUCAAUUCUUCUGUCUCUUCCAGGAACCUACUUGACACUGAAACUUAAAGAGUAUCACUUUUAUGGCAUUCGCAUAUCUCUACACAUCACCCCUCUCAGCCUUCAAUUCGGCAUCUAUCUGGCUUGUGCACAUCUCUCAAUUUAAUCUCUAAUGAAUGGAGUUAAAGCCAAGGUUUGAUCCCCUUAGAAGUAAGCACACACACACACACCUCACCCUGCAGCAGUAGUAGAGAGCCACGCCUCCACUCUUUCCUCCAUUCUGGUGGCCAGGACCUACGCUGUGCUGGAAGAGGACAAAAAUCUCUGUAAUUAAAAAAAAAAAAAAAAAAAAGCACACUUUCAAUAGAUGUCUCAGUUCACACAUACAGUACAGGGGACUUAAAUUACAAAAUAUCCUACUCCGAAUUAGUUGUUAAUGGUGGGAGUAGAGUUGCUGAAAGUGCACAUGUGCAGAAUGCACUGUUCACUGCCACAGGGUCAAUUCGAUAUUACUAGGGAACACUCUGGAAGCAGCUGGAAAAAAAACACUCUGGAAGCAGCUGGAAAAAAAACACACACACAAAGUUGGUCAGCAGAAAACCAAAGGAGCUUAAUUUAAAAAAGAACACAGAUUGUCUGGUGAAUAAAUUACUCCGACAAACUGAACACAAGUUUGUUAUAUGAUCUAAAAUGCUCUAGCCCUCUAUCUGCAGUCUGAUAUUUGUUUCUCAUUAUUCUGUGCAUGGCACAGAGCCCGAAGUGAGUGUCUUUGUUGGGUUAUUGCACAAUUGGGAGAAUCGGAAAAAAAGACACCCGGACCUGAAGUUUAAGGGCUUGCUGUAGUUGAAGUGUACUGGCCUUGAGAGAUCUAACCUGGGCUUAUGAUUCCCAAAUGACAACGGUUGGAGUGACGAGGACUCAAAAGUAAUGGAUGUUACCUUGACAAAGGGAAAGAGACAAUUUAUUUGCCCUCCUUUCCUUUUCCCUUGACAGCGUACCCCAUGUGGUGAUGUGAAUGGGUGGAGACCAGCCCAGGUCCACCUUGGGUUCUUUAUUGGCUUUUUCAGUGCAUGUAUUUCAAUUUACACUUAAAAGAAAAAUGGAAAAUAGAAAAAGAAUAAGCCUUGCAAUUGAUGAUGUGGAUGUGUUAUUUUCUUUCUUUUGCUUGGAAGAACAAGACGAAAAGUGGCUGUCAUCUUAAAAAUUACAAACUUUGUUAAGGUGGAACCUUUAUCCUGUCCUUCCAUUCAACUGCCAUGACCAUGUUUUUGUGAAUGUGUUAGAUGCUAAUAAGAUUAAGGUUGAUACUUUUAUCAGAUGUAGUAUAUACCCUUGCAUGCUGACCUAUUUGGAUGAUAUGAAAUGAUCUGCCUUGCAAGCAAUUUAUCAAAUACUACUAGGAGUUUCUAAAGCGAACCAAACUCAUGUUAGACUUUUAACAUUGCUCAUGAGGAACAUCCUCUUUCUGUCAGGUAGAUUGCCUUUUUCGGAGACCCUUGAAGCUCUCUAUUUGUGUUGCCUCUAAUGUGCAAUGCUAAAGAGUUAAUUCCCUUUAAUAAGUUUAUUUGAACUCUGUUUUGCAUUUCUGAAUGUUUCUGUGAAUAUGUUAGUAUUAUACAGUAAGUUUGAAUCAUUUUGAUACAACCUAAUGUUUUCAGGUCAAACCCGAUUUCAUUAGCUUCCAACCAAAUUAUUUUUUAAUCUUGUUUUUGAUAGUAUGUAUUUAUGAUUGCUUUGGGGUCCCUUGUGCUAUUUCUCAGCAUAGCUUAGUCACAGAGGAUUGUGUUUACGAGUUAUUUCAGGUACACAGUUGCCCAGACAAUGAUUUUAAUGCGACAAAUAAUAAAAUACCACUGUCACAAUUUUUAGGUACUAUGUUUUGGAUCAAUAUUUCUAAAAACAACUGAAUUACAACCCAUAAAUCUGGGAGCUCGUUUAAAUCAAAAUAAAUCUUAAACGUACGAUAGUAUGGGGGAAUAAGCAUUUGUAUGAGUUAAUAUUUCAAUUAAGUAAAUUUUUGCGAAUUCCCUUAUGACUCUAAUACUGUGUUUACGUUCCUUGUUUCAUCUCUCAUGUAUAUCCCCAGCCCCCUCCCUCAUGUCCAAAAGACCUGAUAAAGUUUCCACCUUAAACAUUUCAUCAGAACUAAAAAGUCCUUUUAGCUUAGUGUUAUGAAGACCUGUUAGAAAAGACUUUAAUAUUUCCAGAUUUGAUGCAAGAAAAUGUUAUCCUGAUGGGAGGAGAGAAAGUGAGAGAGAGACCAGCGGAAAGGCAAGCUUCUCUAACUUUGUUAUAAUUAAUUGUAUACCUGUGUAUGUAAAUAUAAUGCAUUCCUAUU